AUGGGGCCCCAUGACUGCUGGUCCUGGACCAGCCUACCUCUCACUAUCCUGGUUGUGCUUCUCUUCACAUGGGAUGCCCAUGGUAAGUUACCCAGGAAAAAACAACACUUUGUAUGAGGUUAAACUACAGCGUAUUGUGGUUGGUUCAGUCUCAACACACAGUAAGAGAAGUGUUGCUGGUAAAUAGAAGAGCAGUUGUGGUUAUCUUUGAGUGAACAUUGAGGUAAAUAUUUGAAAUGUCAUCCUCACAUUCAAGACUUUCAGUUUUUGUCAUCCUCGCAAAAAACACUUUUUUAUUUGUGUGAGAGAGCUCGAUGACAGAAAAUAGAUAUCUUGUUGUAGUAAAGUAAAAAAGUAAAAAUAAGAGAUUAGCAUGGUAGGAAUAUUUGUUCAAAGUCAUGUUAAAGUCAAUCGAGUUGUGUGCCAUUGUGUGGUAGGCCUACAGCCAAGCUGUAUAUGAUGUUAUCGUUUUGUCACCUCUACUGUCCUUUCAUUGAUACUGGGAAGUCUGACACUCCUUGCCACUAAUUGACAUAACGAAUGUCAUUGAUGGUCAGUUAUACUGAGUUAAACUGAUACCUUUUUGGAUGUACUCAGCUCCUCAGCGACGAUUAUGAAGUCUGAAAGUCUUUAGGUUUGUAAUAAGUUCCCCCAUGGUAUGAUGAGGUGGUCCUAUUUAGUCUGAGACAGGAUGCAGCACUGAAUAAGCACAGGUGGGGUUGAAUCUCAGUUCCCUAGAACCUGUAGUCCCACUGUCUUUUAACUCUUCAGGAUGCACUACAUACUUUAUGUACUAUAGAGCAACCUCCCUCAUUCACCAAAUGGCAUUCAUGGCUUUCACAGAAAUAUCACCUUUUUCUUUCCCCUUAGAACAUUUGCACAAUUGUUCACAUGCAUUAGUUCACUAUCUAGUAGUCCCCUGAAGCUCAGUUGGUAGAGCAUGGCGCUUGCAACGACAGGGUUGUGGGUUCGUUUCCCACGGGGGGCCAGUAUGAAAAAUGUAUGCACUCACUAACUGUAAGUCGCUCUGGAUAAGAGUGUCUGCUAAAUGACUAAAUGUAAAUGUAUGUGAAAAUGUCACUAAAAUCUGUGUUUUUGUCCUUUAAAAAAAAGAUCUCUGUGUAUUCCCCUUCUAUUAGUCAUGAACAUGUCACUUUCACUGAUACCAAGGGGAAAUUCUGAUGAAGGGGAAAAUCUCCUUCACCUGUCUGCAAUCUUUAAUCACCUCUCAUCUUAGUAAACAAAAUAAAUAUUUUCCACCACCUAGGAUCCAGCUAAAGAAAGUUUAAGGCCUAUCGUUGUAGCCAUUAUUACAAUGUUCGUUUUUUUGUGUGUGGAUGAUUUGAUAUAGAGAGGAUGGUUGAUCUUAUGGGGGACCCAUUGGUCAGUUAGUGACAUACUUCAUUUAAAUUCUUUGCAGGUCAAGAUUCUGCUUGUUUCCCAGAGAUUAGAGUGACACGGUACACCGUAUGGAAGUCUUCACCUGGGAAACAACUGAAGAUUAACUGUUCUGUUACUUUCUGUUCCUACUCACCACCAUCAUGGUGUAAGUUUGAUGAAUCAAACAAAUGCAAUACUGUAAAUACAACAGCUCUCAUUCAAACACAGUGGACCAAUUUGACAAACAAUACAGGGAUCUCACUUCUGGUCUUCACCAGGAUAUCCAUAGAUGAUACAGGUCUAUACAGGUGUGAAUUAAAUGAAGUCUCUAAGAGUCAUUCUAUCAAUGUUACUGUCUCAGGUAAGCAAUUUCUUUAGUUUGAAAUACACGUCAAACAAUAACGAUAUGACAUUAGCAAUUGCCUCCCUGACCGGGUCCCAAUUUGUAUGUAUUUCAGAGAGUGUUGAGGACACCACAGUUGUGUAUCAAAAGAACGAAACAAGCAGUAAGCAAAUAUUUUUACUCUUCAUAGCUUAGCAUGCAUUGCACACAGGACAUAAAGGUGCUGCAGUAUGAAUGUACAUCAAGGCACACCACAACACAAUGCUAUGUCACACCUAGCUCUGAAACACCGUGGUAACCAGUAACACCCUAACAGCCAGUUAAAACUAGCAACCUAGUAUCCAUGUUGAGUCAAACCUCCUCUUCAGGGGCGUAAUUCUGAUUUUGAAAUGUGUGUGUGUGUAAUUAGGCAGAAUUAUUUUGACAUUGUAAACUCAUUUCCUGCAUUUUUAUAUUUUUUGGCCUAUAGCUUUUAUGAAUUCAAAUGUGUGGUUGGGGGGGCAUUUCCUCCCUGUUUCGUAGUGGAAAUUAGGCCUCUUUCUCUUAUAGACAGUACACUGCAUCUCUUUCUCUUAUAGACAGUACACUGCAUCUCUUUCUCUUAUAGACAGUACACUGCGUCUCUUUCUCUUAUAGACAGUACACUGCGUCUCUUUCUCUUAUAGACAGUACACUGCAUCUCUUUCUCUUAUAGACAGUACACUGCGUCUCUUUCUCUUAUAGACAGUACACUGCAUCUCAUUCUCUUAUAGACAGUACACUGCGUCUCUUUCUCUUAUAGACAGUACACUGCGUCUCUUUCUCUUAUAGACAGUACACUGCGUCUCUUUCUCUUAUAGACAGUACACUGCGUCUCUUUCUCUUAUAGACAGUACACUGCAUCUCUUUCUCCUAUAGACAGUACACUGUAUCUCUUUCUCCUAUAGACAGUACACUGCAUCUCUUUCUCUUAUAGACAGUACACUGCGUCUCUUUCUCUUAUAGACAGUACACUGCGUCUCUUUCUCUUAUAGACAGUACACUGCGUCUCUUUCUCUUAUAGACAGUACACUGCGUCUCUUUCUCUUAUAGACAGUACACUGCAUCUCUUUCUCUUAUAGACAGUACCUAUAGUAGCCUGGAGUGGCUGUGGCCUUAUGUUUACUCCUCGGCUGGGAUUGUGGUGUUUGUCACCGUGGUGAUAACCGUAUCCACGCUCUCAAUGCGUGGUUGUAAAGGUAAGAUGCUCACGAUUACCAUAACACAUUCAUAUGGACGAAUGAUGACCAUAGUAACACAUUAUUACAGGCUAAUUACAUUUACAUUUUAGUCAUUUAGCAGACGCUCUUAUCCAGAGCGACUUACAGUGCAUACAUUAUUUAAUUUUUUCAUACCCCCUGUGGGAAUCGAACCCUCAACCCUGGCGUUGCAAACACCAUGCUCUAUCAACUGAGCUACAUCCCUAAUGAUGACCAUAGCACAUUAAUACAGACUAAUGAUGACCAUAGCACAUUAAUACAGACUAAUGAUGACCAUAGCACAUUAAUACAGACUAAUGAUGACCAUAGCACAUUAAUACAGACUAAUGAUGACCAUAGCACAUUAAUACAGACAUUUACAGUGCCUUCGGAAAGUAUUCAGACCCCUUGACUUUAUCCACAUUUUGUUAGUUUACAGCAUUAUUCUAAAAUUGAUUAAAUGUUGUUGUUUUUUCAUCAAUCUGCACAUAAUACCCCAUAAUUUAUAAAUUUAUUUAAAAAUAAAACUGAUUUUACAUUUACAUAAGUAUUCAGACCCUUUACUCAGUACUUUGUUGAAGCACCAUUGGCAGCGAUUACAGCCUUGAGUCUUCUUGGGUAUGACGCUACAAGCUUGGCACACCUGUAUUUGGGGAGUUUCUCCCAUUCUUCUCUGCAGAUCCUCUCAAGCUCUGUCAGGUUGGAUGGGGAGUGUUGCUGCACAGCUAUUUUCAGGUUUCUCCAGAGAUGUUCGAUCGGGUUCAAGUCCGGGCUCUGGCUGGGCCACUCAAGGACAUUCAGAGACUUGUCCCGAAGCCACUCCUGCGUUGUCUCGGCUGUGUGCUUAGGGUCGUUGUAAUAAUAUAAUAAUAAUAAUAAUAAUAAUAUGCCAUUUAGCAGACGCUUUUAUCCAAAGCGACUUACAGUGAUGCGUGCAUACAUUUUUGUUUAUGGGUGGACCCGGGGAUCGAACGCCACUACCCUGGCGUUACAAGCGCUGUGCUCUACCAGGUGAGCUACAGAGGACCACCUUCCUGUUGGAAGGUAAACCUUAGCCCCAGUCUGAGGUCCUGAGCGCUCUGGAGCAGGUUUUCAUCAAGGAUCUCUCUGUACUUUGCUCCGUUCAUCUUUCCCUCGAUCCUGACUAGUCUCCCAGUCCCUGCUGCUGAAAAACAUCCCCACAGCAUGAUGCUGCCACCACCAUGCUUCACCGUAGGGAUGCUGCCAGGUUUCCUCCAGAAUUGACACUUGGCAUUCAGGCCAAAGAGUUCAAUCUUGGUUUCAUCAUACCAGAGAAUCUUGUUUCUCAUGGUCUGAGAGUCUUUAGGUGCCUUUUGGCAAACUCCAAGCGGGCUGUCAUGUGCCUUUUACUGAGGAGUGGCUUCCGCCACCAUAAAGGCCUGAUUGGGGGAGUGCUGCAGAGAUGGUUGUCCUUCUGGAAGGUUCUCCCAACUCCACAGAGGAACUCUGGAACUCUGUCAGGGUCACCUCCCUGACCAAUGCCCUUCUCCCCCGAUUGCUCAGUUUGGCCGGGCGGCCAGUUUUAGGAAGAGUCUUGGUGGUUCCAAACUUCUUCCAUUUAAGAAUGAUGGAGGCCACUGUGUUCUUGGGGACCUUCAAUGCUGCAGAAAUUUUUUGGUACCCUUCCCCAGAUCUGUGCCUCGACACAAUCCUGUCUCGGAGCUCUACGGACAAUUCCUUCGACCUCAUGGCUUGGUUUUUGCUCUGAUAUGCACUGUCAACUGUGGGACCUUAUAUAGACAGGUGUGUGCCUUUCCAAAUCAUGUCCAAUGAAUUGAAUUUACCACAGGUGGACUCCAAUCAAGUUGUAGAAACAUCUCAAGGAUGAUCAAUGGAAACAGGAUGCACCUGAGCUCAAUUUUGAGUCUCAUAGCAAAGGGUCUGAAUUCUGAAUUCUUAUGUAAAUAAGGUAUUUCUGUUUUUUAUUUUUAAUACAUUUGCAAACAUUUCUAAAAACCUGAUUUCACUUUGUCAUUAUUGGGUAUUGUGGGUAGAUUGCUGAGGAUUUUCUAUUUAUUUAAUCCAUUUUAGAAUAAGGAUUAAAACAAAAUGUGGAAAAAGUCAAGGGGUCUGAAUGUUGUUUUGUUCAUGAUUUCCUUGAAAUUGCAGGUGCCUGUCCGGCCAGGCAGUCAAGGAAAGAGGAACAAACAGAGAACCAGGUCAAACAGAUAUACACUUUGCACAUCUCCUUUUCAUUUAGUCCUUUAUUAGUACUCUACAGAUUCUGAAUGGUCUUUAAUGUGUUUACAGUAUGUAACAUGGUGGAGUCUUUUGGUGCACUCCUUGUCUGUAAGGUCCCAGGUGUGGCCCAUUAUAAUCAAGGUUGGGGUUUGCAAAUACACAGAGUAUAAAAGUUGCUUACUUGUUGUUACAGUACAUGGCUAUACCAAUGACCCAGCUAGCAUCCCCACGACCCAACCCCCAACCCCACCACAGAGGAAGCAUCCGAUCCCACCAAGCCCAGGACCGGCCCCAAGCCCAGGACCGGCCCCAAGCCCAGCCCCGGCCCCAAACCCAGCCCCAGGCACAAGCCCAGCCCACCCCACUGCCAGACUGUAUCUAUGACAACGCACCUACCAGGGGCCCACGUCGCACUCAUCCGGCACCAGUCCAAGCUUCAGCCAAUCAGGUAACUGUCCCGAUGGACAGGGACGAUACCUAUAGCAACGGGAAGGAGAAAGAGGAAGACAGCGAUAUCAUGUACGCAACGCUCAACCAUCAGGUAAAGCCUCGAGCCGCGCCGUGCCCUGCACAGCCUCAGGAGGAGUGCUCAGAGUACGCAGCCAUACGAGUGUCCUGAGCCCUGGAACCAGGAAGAAAACUCCUCUUCCCAGAGGGUCACAGUCCUACUGGUUUUUGUUUCUCCCUGAUUACGAGAAGGGGGUCGCUGCAUCCCAAUAUGGCGACUGGAGUAUGGGUGGCUGGGUGUGUGGAAAGGGAAGUAGUGGGCGUGUGGAAAGGAGUGGGUGUGUCGAAAGGGAAGUAGUGGGCGUGUGGAAAGGAGUGGGUGUGUCGAAAGGGAAGUAGUGGGCGUGUGGAAAGGAGUGGGUGUGUCUAAAGCGCUAUAGGUUAGACGGUUUUGAUUGAGCUGUGUUUUUUCUCUUCCACUUCUUGCCACUCAAUCAGACUGUGACACAGCUACACUCUUAAAACAAAAGGUGCUAUCUAGAACCAAAAAUUGUUAUUUGGCUGUCCCCAUAGGAGAACCCUUUGAAUAACCCCUUUUGGUUCCAGGUAGAACCCUUUUGGGUUCCAUGAAGAACCCUUUCCACAGACGGUUCUACAUGGAAUCCAAAAGGGUUCUACCUGGAACCAAAAAGGGUUCUCCUAUGGGGACAGCCAUAGAACCCUUUUGGAACCCUUUUUUCUACGAGUGUGCCUUACAUUGAACUACCAUACUGCGAGAGUUUGGACUUCUGUUUUUAAGCCAGAGGAUGAGUCUGAGUGUUAGUUUUACAUAAACAAUUGUACAUUUUCCGGUUUAAAACUGAAGAUUGUUUAUUUUUGAUUAGAAGUAUUGAUGAUGGGUGUACUGUUGCUUCAUGGGUUGUAUGCAGGUCCUUACUGUGGCUGUCACCCUGAUAUUGGCUACUAGGUAGCUACUUCCCACACCGUUGCCGGACAGUAGUGCCUGUCAAGCGGGAGCGAACGGUACUGUGUCCCGGUGUUGUUGUUUUUCAUGUGUGCCCUCCCCAUUGAGUAGUAGACUGUAGGUACUGUAUGUAUCAAGGUGACAUCUAGAUGGUUUUCAAUAUUAACGUAGUUACUUCUUGUGUAGGCUGCUAUCCUCCUUGAUAUAAAAUAAUUUAAGAGAAAGCAUUGCCACGUUAGGUACCGCCUGCGACAUGACCAUGACACCAGUGGCAAUCGGUGCCGUUGAAGAUGAGGGAGGACGAUUUUUUUUCCCCAUGAUCAUGGCCUUAUUUCUAUUACAGCUUAUUGGAUAACUGUCAUUCAUAUUCCAUUCACCCAGUUCAAUGUAACAUCGAUAGAUUUAGGCUACUACAUGAUACUCUACUUUUCCCUAUACCCAUCAUGAGGUUGCUACAACCUAGCCUAUGAAUGAAAGUUUGCAGCGUAGGUGCAGACAGGUUGAGAGAAAAAUUUGAGGUGACAGACAGUGACACAUGGACAGACAGUGACACAUUCUAUACCGCCUUGCAUGCUCUUGCCUGCAACUAGCUGAUCUAGGGUGUAAUCAUUAGUCCAACAGUUGCAAACGAGAGUUUCUAUUGGACAAAUUCAGGUAUGUUUAUCCCCGUUUCAUCCGCUUGCUUCCGUUUAAGAAACGUUUAAGAAACGUUUUUCAACAGAAUUGGCAGAAUGAAUACACCCCUGAUCACACAUAAACACAGUUCACUUUCAUAGCAGCCACGUUGUAUUCCUUCUCGCGUCUAUGCGAUCUCCUCCUCUUACCUUUUCCCUUCACUUGUGGACUUUAAUGCACAACACAUCAGCUGUUUGUGACCAGGCGAAAAAACCUUUCCAAGCCAAACCAUAUCAUAACUGCUACACACAGCCUACCUCAUUGUCACCAUAUUAGCUAAAGUAAUGUCAUAGCUAAUAGAACCAAUGCAUUAGUAAACAUGCUACAACCAUGCAGUAACAUUACAGUGUAAGCAGUUUAGCAGUUACACCGGCAGGCCCCAGUGGCAAAAAAUUAGUAAAACCAAAAGCUUAUCAUGACUUGGAAGAGUUCCAGUGUUGUGUUGGAUCGUCGUAGCCAGCUAGCUAACAUAUCAUGCCUCUGAGCCGGGUGUUCGAGUAGGCUAAACUAGCUAGCUGCAUUUGCUAGCUAAGUAAGUGAAAGUGAAAGUGAUUUUUUUUGGGGAAAUAUAGCUCUCUCUCCCUCUCUUGCUUCUUAAUUUUUAAAGAAAUUAUUUUGUUCAAAACAAGUUCAACUAUUUUCUUUCUCUCUCUUUGAGUCAACUACUCACCACAUUUGAUGCACUGUAGUGCUAGCUAGCUGUAGCUUAUGCUUUCAGUAAUACAUUAAUUCUCUGAUCCUUUGAUUGAGUGGACAACAUGUCAGUUCAUGCUGCAAGAGCUCUGAUAGGUUGGAGGACGUCCUCUGGAAGUUGUCAUAAUUACUGUGUAAGUCUAUGGAAGGGGGUGAGAACCAUGAGCCUCCUAGGUUUUGUAUUGAAGUCAAUGUAUCCAGAGGAGGACGGAAGCUAGCUGUCCUCCAGCUACACCAUGGUGCUAUAUUUAGUAUAGUUUUAUGUAUCUAAAUUCACUGAGGAAGAUUGUCCUCCCCUUCCUCCUCUGAGGAGCCUCCACUGCAUGAUACCCAGUAGGAAGUACUUCAAGUCGGCAGGCAUGUCGAUACAACCCCGGUGCACUGGUCCGGCUUAUUGACUCGUCUUGCAGCCCAAUCAGCCACAUAAAACGGUAUUCAGUGGCAACAAAUCUGCCCAAUUAGCUGAUUUGCUUUCCAUACAGCCAGUCCUUUCAACACACCCCCUCUCCCAUACUCCGGUUGCCAUAUUGGGCUGCAGAUAUCCAUACUUGGUAUUAUAGAAAUUGAUCAGUUGGCUGCCUCUGAACUUUGAACUUCCACCAAUGAUAAUGUCAGUUUUAACUAUGGUCUUUUGGGUAAAACUUUCAUACAGAGGUUAAUUCUUGAGACCUUCAUAAAGUAUUCCACAGCACUGUAAUCAAGUGAAAAUCAGUUGGCUGUUAACGUAACUGUGAUUGAUUGUUUUUUUUGUAAAUAAUAUUUUCUGUGAUUGCGUGUUACCUAUUUAAACAAAGAAUCAGAUUUGUUUUACUAUAAUAUAAUUUUCACUGCAAUAUUACUAUUCUCCAGUCCUUACUGUAAUCAACCAGUUUAGGUGAAAUCACUGUGAGUGAUGAUAAUCCCCUGGCCUUGGGUUUAGUUGUGGUGUUACUGUCGUUAUGCAGGGUGUUUUGCAGUUUACCUCUUGUGCUGGGAUGUGAUUAGGAGGGUUUCCUGUGCUACACAAACCAAAAACCCCACAUGCUGCAGCACACUGUCACAUAUCCUGUGUGAAGCUGAGAGAAGCUUUCAGUGUGUGUUUGUA